CCUGUUUGUUCCUUGAGCAUGCCGAUCGCAACAGUUACUGUAGACUCCGAACACACUCUUCUCUACAAUGCAAUCGAAUCGUGUAGUAUCGAACGCCUCCGCUUGACUCUUCGCGAAAUAUGCCAAAACUCCGAGGAUGCUUUCAGACUCGCCUGCAACGCGCUUCUUCUCGGAAAAGGAGAGUUAAAGAAAGCUACAGAACCGAAGAAGGAAGAAAGAAAGAAGACGACGGACUUCGCAGAGAACACCGACAAUGGAUAUGAAGAGGGAGAGGAGUAUAAAGCGGGGAUUGAAGAGUCCGAAUACUCAGACGCGUCUGCAUCCGAGCCUCUAGAUGCCCCCCAGGGACAGAAGCGUAAGAGAGCAUGCACGCGUCAACGAUACGAGAUGUGUGGCCAAUGCGAGACGGAAUAUGAUGUUUUAGACAACAAUACGGAAUCGUGUGUUUGGCACGAAGGAGAACUAGAACUGAAGGAUGAUUCAUCGAUAUGGGAUGAGUGGGAUGAGAAUAUCUGGGGUGAGCUAGAUACAGACGAUAAUCGAGUAGAAUAUCCGAAGGGCUUUGCUUGGACAUGUUGCGAAUGGAGUGGGGACAAGAAGGGAUGCAAGCAAAGUAUACACAGGCCGGACAGGACUAAAAGAGCUAGAGUUUGGGGACCAAAGACGCCGAAGAUUUCUGCUUCCACUCGGAAUCCCCAUGGGAUAGGUUCCAAGGCUAUGACGUUGAAUUUCUGA